AUGCUUGAUGAUGGCCUCAAGGCUAAAGCUCAAAUCAAUCAAUUUAUAUCAUUACAGACCGAUAUCCCUUCUUUUACCGAUAGUAAUUGGGAACGUCUAUCUCAGAUUCAUCGCAUACUCACUAAGUUCAAUGAACUUACAUUAUUUGUGUCAAAACGGAGACCACAAAUCAGCCUUGCUAUCCCAGUUUAUUAUGAACUUCAUGAUCUACUAUCUGAAGGUUCAGAAUUACAAGGGUCCUUCAAGGAAUUAGAUCCUGAUAUUGCUUCUGCAUUGAAAGAAGGUCUAAAAAAGGGUUUGAGAUGGAAAUACUGGGCCUAUUCCUGGAAAUUGGGCUGUUGGACUCCUAAAUAG